AUGCUACGGAAGUAUCUCUACAACAAUCCUCCUGCUCCGAAUCAUACCGCUGGUGCUACUCCUCAGCUUUACAACUACGAAGUGCUGGAAAUCUUCAUGGCAAAUAACAAGGAUCAGUACGUAGAGAUCGAAUUGGGUCCGCACCAGCAAUGGCUCUGCCUUCUCCUCGAUGGCGAACGAAAAAGCUUCAAUGAAGAUGUAUCACGAAUAAACGCCUACGAGAUUCAUAAUGAGAAUGACACAACAGUGUAUGAGGCCAUGAAUCCGACUCCUUACGGAAAGUAUAAGGGUCCGGACUUCCAUCGCCUGAGCUACUUCGUAACCUUUGACCCAUUGCUCAUCAUUGCUAAAGAAUACUUCGAUGAGUUCCGGCCGUAUCUGGACAGUAGGUAUGGUGACCUAUGGGCUGGCCAUUACUGA